UAUCCUUUUAAGAUCACUCUCACCUGUCCCACUAUCAGUUGGAAACUGAAAUGGAGUGUCCUCUGUUAACCACAAAUUCAAACCCGAACUCAUUUCUAACAAACAAAACUACUCUCAGUUACAAACCAAAAAGUAGAAGAAGAAAUUCCUAUAAUGUUGCCACCCGAUUCAAGCAAAAUUCAUCAUUUAAACAAACAAAUUCGACUCAAUUGUUCAUGGAUUCCACUAAAUGUUGCGAAGAUAACAAAACCCACAUGGAAUCUGCAACCAUAUUUCAUCACACUAGGAGAUUUGGUUGGCGCAGAAGCUAGUGCUGAUUCAGUAUUUGGAUAUGCUUGUGAAGAUGUUUCGAGUUAUUAUUCCCCUGCUGAGAAUCUGGAAGGUGAAGAACUAAUGAAAAAAUUGAGCUUGAUUGUAUCUAAUCAUCGAGCAUUGCCGUACAAAAAGGUUUGGGAUGCUCUCAAGGUUCUUGAUGCGGCUGAUGUUGAUAAUCCAGAUUCUUCGGCAAAUGUAACGGAAAUAUACUCUCUGAAAGCUGUGCCAAAGCUCUUAGCAGGAAAACCUGGAGGAUGGAACAGGGAGCAUUUGUGGCCUCGUUCAUACGGUCUAACAUAUGGUCCAUCGUUAAGUGAUUUACACAACAUUCGCCCAGCUGAUGCAAAUGUAAAUUCAUCUAGGGGUAAUAAGUACUAUGGGGAAUGCCUUCCUACUUCACUUGACUGCCAUAAGCCAGCAAACAAAGAAGCUGCAUCUGAUACAGAAACGGAUAAAAACAGAUGGGCACCACCUUUCCAGGUUAGGGGUGACAUUGCAAGGGCACUAAUGUACAUGGCUGUAAGUUAUGGAUAUAAUCAGACAGAUGGAAGCCCCAACCUUCACCUUUCUGAUUCACCAAGUAUCAAAAAGAAAGAGAUGGGAUUGCUUUCAACAUUGUUGAAGUGGAAUGAACUUGAUCCCCCUUCAAGAGAAGAGCAGCUGAGGAACCAUCGAGUAUGCAGUUUUUACCAACACAAUAGAAAUCCUUUUGUUGAUCACCCAGAAUACGCAAAUCUUAUAUGGAAGCAAGGAAGUGAACACUAUCAUAAAGAUAAUCACUCCGUAGACGCAUGGAUAAAUGAAUUUCAUUACAACAACGAAGGGAAAGACAAUAACAAGUUCAUCGAAAUAGUGGUUGGACCAUCAACAAAUGCGUCCGAACUCAGUGUCGCGCUUUACAAUGGAGCCAACGGAAAAAUGUAUAGGUUAUUACCCCUGGUAGAUGACACCAAAUUCACUGUCACAAGGGAUCGCUCAGGUUUUCUUAUUUACACAGCAUGGUUGGAACUCCAGAAUGGACCUGGUGAUGGUAUUGCGCUGAUUUCUGUCGGGAAGAAACAACAAGAAGUUGUUCAGUUCAUUUCCUACAGUGGCAUGAUAAAAGCAACAGAUGGACCGGCAAUAGGUUUAGAAUCCAUUGAUAUUGGUUUCCAAGAAACAGAUGAUUCAUCAGAGUUUGAUUCACUGGGAGUAAUUGAGAAACGAGGAGGUAAGCUUGAAUGGAGAAAAUUCAUAAACGAGGCAUCACCCAGGAAAUUAAACAUGAGUCAGAUAUUAAUUAUCAAAUUCAUAAGUUAGAUGACUGAUUGUAUGCAUAUCCGAUUAUUGAAGUUGUAGAUUUUUCUUCUCAUGUAUAUAUAUAUUGAACACUGAAAUACUGGAAAAAUGUGUAUGCGCAAGGUAUGAGAACUAACAACGCACUCGAAUAGAUAGACAACAUUCUAUGUUCUACUCGAA